UGAUAUCAUAAAACACACAUGUAUAACAUACACGCGCAAUAUCCAAAAUAUAAACGACUUGAAAAGUAAAUAGUGGUCGUCGCGUCCGUCACAUGAUAAGAUAAAUUUUUGGAAUCCCGCAGAACAAAUUAUUUGUGUGCGUGACGUUAUGUGGAACGAAGACCUGACUACCAUUAUUCUAUCCACAUUAUCUGCCAUGAUUUUCUUUAUAUUCACGAUAAAUUUCUUCCGACACCUCGUAGGUAAUCCUCACAUUCAGAUUAGAGAUGUUACAAAGGAGCAUAGUUGGAAGGCAAUUAGCGGAACAACCAAGGCGUAUUACUGCAAUAUUUGUGAAGCUCUACUAUUGAACCUUGAUGCCCUUUUCUGUGACUCCUGUGGCGUGUGCGCGGAUCGAGGUUGCAUAAAGCUUGCCAAUAAGCAGCUAAAAUGCAAGGCUGUAACUCUCGAUAAUGAUCAAUUGAUGAAGCAUCAUUGGAUCAAAGGUAACCUGCCACUUGUCGCCAUGUGUUACAUCUGUGAAGAAGAGUGCGACGUAGAACCCGGCCUCGCGGAUUGGUGGUGUUGCUGGUGUCAGAGAUGUGUUCAUGAAACAUGUAAAGCUUCUCUCUCUGAAAUAUGUGAUUUUGGAAAGUUCAAAUUAAUGAUCAUUCCACCAGGAAGCUUAGAAAUAAUAAAUCGACGUAGGACAAUGAGACGUAGAUUACAUCUUCGUUCUGUUACAUCGCCAAACUGGCCCAAUUGGAAUCCGAUCAUUGUUGUAGGAAAUGGGAAAUCGGGAAACAAUGAUGGGGGCAAAAUUUUGUCACUGUUCAGAAGAUUGUUGAAUCCUGCGCAAGUGGUGGAUCUAGCAGACCGUGAUCCAGUCGCUGCCCUCGAAUGGUGCCGUUUGCUGGGGAAAACCCCGUCGACCAUACUCGUAGCCGGCGGCGAUGGGACCGUCGCUUGGUUAUUAAACACCAUCAACAAACUCGAGUUGGAGCCUGUUCCAUCUGUAGCAAUAAUUCCUUUGGGGACAGGCAACGAUUUGUCCAGAGUAUUAGGAUGGGGAAAGGAACACGACUCGGAUUUGGAUCCCAUGGAAUUGUUGCGAAAAGUUCAAGCAGCGGAAAAAGUCAAGCUCGACAGGUGGUCCGUGACGAUAAAACCACACGGCGGAUUAGGAUUCAGAGGAUCGUAUCGCACCUUAUUCAUGUACAAUUACAUAAGCGUGGGCGUGGACGCACAAGUGACUUUGGAUUUUCAUCGCACAAGGGAGAGUCGAUUUUAUCUGUUCAGUCAUAGAAUAUUUAACAAGCUGUUGUACCUGUGCUUUGGCACGCAGCAAGUUGUGGAAAGGGAGUGCAAGGAUCUCGAUAGAUGUUUAGAAGUCUAUUUAGACGACAAGAAGAUAGAACUGCCUUCUAUCGAGAGCGUAGUGAUACUUAACAUUCCAUCUUGGGCUGCCGGUGUCGAUCUAUGGAAAAUGGGAAUGGAAGACGACGAAGGUUCGGAAGUGCAAAGUAUUAACGAUGGCAAAUUGGAAGUGAUAGCGCUUUAUUCUUCAUUCCAUAUGGCUCAGCUUCAAAUAGGCCUCUCGAAACCACAUCGGAUUGGCCAAGCUAAUACCGUAAAGAUAAAAUUAUCGCGGUCGUGCGCUAUGCAAGUUGAUGGUGAGCCCUGGUAUCAACAUCCAUGCGAAUUCAGCAUAACAUACUGUAAUCAGGCUUCGAUGUUGAUGAGUAGCGACUUUUAAAUAUAUGCUGCCUCAUAAGCAUUUGCACAAAUGCAUUUAUUCAGACGUUACUGUGCGAGUACCAGCUAAUAUUUGUCAAAUCUGUUAACAACUUAGCUCCUUGACAACGGCGAUUAAAAUAUUGGAGUGUGCAAGAAGAAGAAAUGGAGAACUCUAGUCAAUGUUAUUCCACACAAGAAAAUGUAUGUUAUAUAUAUCUUUUAUGGAUUAUAGCUGUUUCGUAAUUCUAUAUUUGUUGAUGCUUAUUUAUAAUAAAAAUAUAUACAAACAAAAUAAAAUUAUAUAUAUAAAUAAAGAUA